UUGAAAAUCACUGUGAGAACAAUUAUUCUGUUUUUUUGCCCCUGAAAUGAUGAACAAAUUUCUUUUAAAAAUUCUACUUCUUGGGCUGAUGGAAUAACUCAAGCAAGCAUCAAUUCCUGAGUUCAAACUCCAGUACUGCCAAGGAAAAAAAUAAAAAAUUCAUACUUCAGAGUAUUAAUGAAAAACCACCUACUAAGGUGUAUCAUAAUACUAUGUAUGAUAAAUGAAAUUAUGAAAUUCUGAGUCCCUGAAAUAAUGUGGAGGUUAAAAACGUGUUAACUGCAUAAAGAAGCAUGUUGUGGAUACGUAACGUAGGGAAAGGAAAUGGAAAGAUAUCAAGAGAUCUAAAAAAAUAAUUUCAUCCCUUUGAACCUCAUCUGAAAAUUAAGUUUUAGAUGAAAAUUUAAGAUUUCAGCUCUACAUGUCUGUUUCAGUCAAAAUUGAAUUUCUAAUGAAAAAGAGAUAAGGAGUUAAUCUUUCCUAUGAAUAAACAAAAUUAAAGAGAAAUAAAACCAAUUAAGUGGUACCAUGGUCACUCAAAUCACAGGACAGCAGCAGCAGCAACAAAACCUAAAGGCAAAAUACAUUUAUCCCUGAGAAUCUAAGGGAGAUUGGUUCCAGGACCUCUGUGGAUACCCAAAUCUUUGAAUGCUCAAGUCCGUUAUAUAAAAUGGCAUAGUAGUUGCAUAGAAUCUGUCACAUCCUUUCACAUACUUUAAAUCAUUUCUAGAUUAUGCUAUGUACAUAGAUAUACCAUACCAUUUAAGGAAUAGUGAUGGGAGAAAAGUCUACAUGGUCAGCACAGAUUUUUUUGUAGGUGUUGGAGAUCGAAUCCAGGGCCCUGCACAUGCUGGGCAAGUAUUCUACCAGAGCUACACUCUCAGACCUUGAGACUUUUUUUUUUUCCUAAAUAUUUUUAGUCCUAGGUUGGUCAAGUCCAUGGAUGCCAAACUUAUGGAUAGGAGAUCUACUAUAAUUGACCAUUUAUACAGAAUGCUGGAAUAAUCCAUCAGUUAAAGUAUUAUUAUACUUAAUGGGUGUGAUGAUACAGGCAAGAGUGGGGAGAAAAAACAUACUUUUGGAUUAUACUUCACAUAGUGAUCAUUUUUUUCUAACAGAAUUUAGCAAAAUGAAAUAAUUCCAUGUCUUCUCCAUUAACUGUGACAGAUUGUUUUCCAUUAGAAUCUAAGGUUGAAAGUAAAUGUACAUAGCCAAAACAAAAUAUGGUCCAAAGUAUUUUAGUGGCACUAAGAAUUUGAGGACAAGCUUGCAAAUUAUGAAGGCCAAGCAUUUUUCAGUUUCCCUUUCCAAAAAGCAAAAAGAAUGAAGUCUGGAUAUUUGUUUUCAGGUUAUCUGACUUACUCUCUGGUCUGGAUUUCAAACAGUGAUAAUGUAGAUUGCAUUUAAGUAUCUUUUAAAUUUUAUAAACAAUAUGUACUUGUGAGAAUUUUUUUUUUAAAAAGCGCAAAGAAACAAAAAAAUCCUUCAUCCAGUCAACAGAGGUUGGUAUUUUAGGCUCUUUAGCUGAGUUCUAUAUAUUUACUGUUACUACUUUGGUAUCCUUAGUUUUUAUACCUUGAGUAUGUCCUUGGCAGUUUUAAAGUAUGUACUAUGACAUUUUACAUAACGCUACAUGUUCAGGUUUUUUAUUGUCAACAGCUAAAAAAGAAGCUACAGCUUAUUACGAAAGACUUCAAUGUGUAGAAAAGAAUGUCAGAUAAAGAAAAAGGACAAAGUAACCCAAUGACCAGUAAUGGAGGAAAAAUAAGAAUCGUCAAUUAUUGGUAAGGUAAGAGGGCUAACCAAGUCCCACUAUUGACUCUUCAGAAAAAAAGGGUCGCAGGUCACGUCUCUCAGUUGAAGUUUCUAUUUACACCUUGCGUGGCAAUUUACAACCCAAGCAGAUACUGCUAUUCCCAGCGGACUCAGGCUCCCCUGCUGUGGCCUUUUAAACGCCCUAAUUCCCUUUUAGGGAAGGCGUCGAGGUCAAAAGAAAAGCCUGUUCAAGCACCAAAGCCAUCAGAAACACCUCUUCGUGGAUGACGGGGGGAGGCUCGGGCAAGAAGGGCUUGGGUCACCACCUGACGCCGCGGUCGCCAUGAUAACCGAGGUAGACAGACUUGUGCAAACAGACGCUCCCGCCCACGGACCAGGGUGCACCUAGGGCGCGUGCGCGGUCCCUAGCUCCAGGGUCGCGCAUGCGUCAACGUAGCCUCGCGCUCUACGCGGGCUGAGUCCCUCACUUUGUCGUCACAGGGCAGAUGAUCAGGGUGCGUCCGCCUUUUUCCUCCCCCUUCUGUCCUCCUCCCUUUUCCCCUCCCCUUGUCCCUCAGUCUUCUUCCUCCUUCCUCUCUUUUUCUCCCUCCCACUGGCGUCCCCAGUGGACUCUCGCUCCCGGUCAGCAGCCGUCUGCGGAAGAGUGUCCCGCCUCUUCCGCCUGUCGCUGCUGGCGGCGGCGGCAGCGGCGCCUGCGCGUCUCCUGUCAGGGUCAGCGGGCGGGUCCCCUGGGCGGUCCACCUGCACGUCGCGGAGUCGCAGCUCGGGGGUCGAUGGCGAUGAACUAUAACGCCAAGGAUGAAGUGGACGGGGGCCCUCCGUGUGCUCCGGGGGGCACCGCGAAGACCCCGAGGCCGGAUAACACGGCCUUCAAACAGCAACGGCUGCCGGCUUGGCAGCCCAUCCUCACGGCCGGCACGGUGCUACCUACCUUCUUCGUCAUCGGCCUCAUCUUCAUCCCCAUUGGCAUCGGCAUCUUCGUCACCUCCAACAACAUCUGCGAGAUCGAGAUUGAUUACACUGGAACAGAGCCUACCAGUCCCUGUAAUAAAUGUUUGUCUCUGGAAGUGACACCUUGCUUUUGUACCAUUAACUUCACACUGGAAAAGUCAUUUGAGGGCAAUGUGUUUAUGUAUUAUGGACUGUCCAGUUUCUAUCAAAACCAUCGCCGUUACGUAAAAUCUCGAGAUGAUAGUCAACUAAAUGGAGAUCCUACGGCUUUGCUUAAUCCCAGUAAGGAAUGUGAGCCUUAUCGAAGAAAUGAAGACAAGCCAAUUGCUCCUUGUGGAGCUAUUGCCAACAGCAUGUUUAAUGAUACGUUAGAACUGUUUCUGAUUGCCAAUGAAUCAGAUCCUGUACCCACACUUAUUCCUUUGAAAAAGAAAGGUAUUGCUUGGUGGACAGAUAAAAACGUGAAAUUCAGGAAUCCUCCUGGAGAAGGAAGCCUGGCAGAACGAUUUAAAGGUACAACAAAGCCAGUAAACUGGGUUAACCCAGUAUACAUGCUAGAUUCUGAAGAUGAUAAUAAUGGAUUCAUAAAUGAGGAUUUUAUGGUUUGGAUGCGUACUGCGGCAUUGCCUACUUUUCGUAAGUUGUAUCGCCUUAUUGAACGGAAAAGUGAUUUACAUCCAACAUUGCCAGCUGGACAGUACUAUUUGAACAUCACAUACAAUUACCCUGUACAUUCUUUUGACGGACGAAAACGGAUGAUCUUGACCACUAUUUCAUGGAUGGGCGGAAAAAAUCCAUUUUUGGGGAUUGCUUACAUCACUGUUGGAUCCAUCUCCUUCCUUCUGGGAGUUGUACUGCUAGUAAUUAAUCAUAAAUAUAGAAACAGUAGUAAUACUGCUGACAUUACCAUUUAAUUUUAUAUUCUGAAAAAAUCUACUGCAUGUGCAUCAAGGCCAGUCCUGUUCAACCUAGCUUUCAGAUGCUGAUACCUGGUAUGUAAUUUUGAAGUUGACAUCACAUAGCUUUUUUUUCUUUAAAAAAAAAA